AUGGGGUUGGCUUUGGGUUGGGCGGUUGGAAUGCUGGUGUUUGUGUUGGUUUCUAUUUUAGGAGGAAUGGGGUUUGCUUUGGCUUGUGCUAUUGGAGGGGUUGUGAUUUUGGUUUUGGUUUCUGUUUUUAGAGAAAUGGGGUUGACUUUGGCUUUUGCCAUUAGAGGGGUUGGGGUUUUGGUGUUGAGGAAGGGUGUUAGCUUUGGCUUGGGUGUUGGCUUUGGUGUUUUUUUCGGUGUUGGGGGUUAUGGUGUUCUUGGUGGUUGGGGCUGUUGGAGUGGUGUUGGCUUUGGUGUUGGUUUCGGUGGUGGGGGUUAUGGUGUUCUUGGUGGCUGGGGCUGUUGGAGUGGUGUUGUCUUUGGUGUUGGUUUCGGUGGUGGGGGUUAUGGUGUUCUUGGUGGUUGGGGCUGUUGGAGUGGUGCAAACGGUCUUCUCAUGGUUGUGUUGGUGGGUUUACAUGUAGGACAUGUGAAAAAUAAUGAAGCAUAG